UGAAAAGUUAUUAUAACAAAUAAUGAGAUAACAAAUUUCUGCACCUGCUUAUGGAGUAGGAUAUAAGGCUCCAUUUUCUCUAAAUUGCUAAGGAGCUGUGAAAUUAAUCUCUUAAGCCUCGUUUUAAAAUUAAGUUCAACCAAUAGGUUAACAGUAAUAACAAAAUUUCCCAUAGCAAAUAAAUAGAUAAGUUUAUCCAAUUAAUGGGAAUGUAAAUUAAAUUAGGAAUACAUGGGAUUAAUAAGGGGGAGUUUAAAGAAUAUAAACAACUCAUGGGAAUGCACCUGUAUAAAACUAAUUAUAGGUUGUUGAUCUGCAGUAAGUAGAGGAACCUUGGAGAAUAAAGGUUAAAGAAUUAGAAAAUAGAAUAUAUGAAUUGGAGGCUCAACAAUAAAUUAAAUUGGAUGAUGAGGAUGAGGAAAGUGAAUUAUCUCAAGCAUAUAGUUAAAUUUAAUAGUUAGUUAAUACAAUAAAAAUAUUACAAGACGAAAUUCAGUAAUUAUAAGAGAAACUUGAGUAGAAAUAAAAUUUGAUAGAUGGUUAUGAUAGACAUAUAUUAGAAAAGGAUAAAGAAAUUGAAGAAGCUAAUUAAUAUAUUUAAGAAUUACAUGGGUAAUUGGAAGAAUAAACUACAAAUGUAGAAGAAAAACACAAAUACUUGUUCGAUGAGGUAAAUACAUGGAAAAAGAAGUUCAUAGAAUAAAAUAAGUAAAUUUUUAAAUAAAUUUUAGAGAAUUUCAUUAAAAGUAGGAAGAACUGAUGAUUUUGUAAGCUGAAUUAGACAAUCUUAAGAAUGCUCAAAUAAUUAUUGGGAAAUCAAGUGAUUAUAAGCAGAACAAAUGACACCAAAGUUAUGAGUGAG